AUGUCUUCAACGCGCACGGAUGAAAUCUCGGACGUUCCCACUAAUCUUGCCAUACCAAAAACCGCCGCGACACUUACCAUCCGCAUUAUCAAGUCUUUCGAAUUUCGCACCGAGCGUAGUCUCGUUCUCCACAACGUAAAUCUCGAACAGACAACAGUAGGCCAGCUUAAAGAGAUAGCACGCCAAGCUGUACAGACCCAGCCCGGUUGGAAGCCCUACCGCAAUGCAACUAUCGAUACCCUCAAGCUGUACACGAAAGCUCAUGGUGCCAAAACGACAAACUUAAUCAUCAAUCUGGAUCACGACGACUGGAUACUUGAUGAUGACACCAAAAUCCUGUCCGAUUACGGCUUUGAAAACGAGACCGAAAUCAGUUUUUUCAAUCGCAAACUAUACGAAGAAUUCAAGGCAAAUCCAGAGGUAUGA